AACAGAAAAAGGCCAGCCAGCCAGCCACCUCCCUCCCUCCUUCCUUUCUUCCUUCCUUCCUUCUCGUCUUCUUCCUUUUCCUUUGUAAGUUGUAAGUGGCAAGAAAGAAAAGAAAAGAAAAGGCAAUAAUAAUAAUAAUGAUACUACUCCUACUACCUCCUUCUCCUUCCCUUCCCGCCAAUUCCUUCUCCUCCUCCUCCUCCCCCCACCGCCGGUCCUGCCGCCGGUCUAUCCCAUCCCCCAUCACCCACCACCACCGCCUCUUCCUAUUCAGACUAAAUGCGAUACCAGCAGCAGCAGCAGCAGCAAGCUCACCUACUACUACUACAGCUGCUGCUGCUCCUGCGCUGGAUGAUGAUGACUAUUUUACCAAGUAUUCUGGUUACCUAUUUGACCAGCUCACUGAUUCUUCCUCCCUCCUAACCGACUACAACAUCUCCACAAUAGCUUCUAUCUACAAUAAGAAGCCCCUUCUACUCCUCCGCCGCCUGCUUCAGCUUGCCUCUACCAUCGGUAUUUGGCUUGCGAAACGAUAUCUCGACGCAGCCCUCCUCAAUCACCGCUCAGACCAAAUGUUUCAGGUUAGGGCUGCGGAAUUGAGAAAUAUAUUGUUACAGCUUGGACCGGCAUACAUCAAAAUUGCUCAAGCUAUUUCCUCUCGACCAGACCUGAUACCGCCUUCAUACUUGAAUGAGCUUUCACUAUUGCAAGAUAGCAUAUCACCAUUUUCAGACGAAAUCGCAUUCAACACAAUAGAAAAAGAACUUGGAGUUCCAAUUGAUGAGCUUUUUUCAGAGAUUUCACCAAAUCCUGUGGCAGCAGCAUCCCUAGGGCAGGUCUAUCAAGCUAGACUACGGAGAACUGGACGGGUUGUUGCUGUCAAAGUACAAAGGCCUGGAGUUCAAGCAGCUAUUGCUUUGGACAUCUUGAUUUUACGUUUUCUUGCGGGGAUACUAAGGAGAGUUGGGAAGUUUAACACUGACCUUCAGGGAGUGGUUGAUGAAUGGGCAUCAAGCCUUUUUCGGGAGAUGAACUACAAGAAUGAGGCUAAGAAUGGGCUUAAGUUCAAAGAACUAUAUGGUGGUAUAAAAGAUGUUCUGGUUCCAGAAAUGCUUAGUGAUCUUACAACUCGUAAGGUUCUCAUUAUGGAGUGGGUGGAGGGGGGAAGGUUGUCGGAAGGGAAGGACCUUUAUUUGGUUGAGGUUGGAGUUUAUUGCUCAUUUAACCAACUUCUCGAAUGCGGCUUCUACCAUGCAGAUCCACACCCUGGAAAUCUUCUCCGUACAUAUGAUGGAAAACUAGCUUAUCUAGAUUUUGGAAUGAUGGGUGAAUUUAAACAAGAACUUCGUGAAGGUUUCAUUGAAGCCUGUCUUCAUCUCAUAAAUCGUGAUUAUGAUGCAUUGGCAAAGGACUUUAUUACUCUUGGGCUUCUUCCACCUACAGCAGAGAAAGAUGCUGUUACAAAAGCAUUGACAGGUGUUUUCCAAAAUGCUGUUUCCAAGGGGGUCAGCAAUAUAAGCUUUGGAGAUCUUCUAGGGAACUUGGGAACAACCAUGUACAAGUUCAAAUUCCAGAUACCAUCUUACUUUUCUCUUGUAAUCCGGAGUCUUGCUGUAUUGGAGGGAAUUGCUAUCAGUUUUAAUCCAAAUUAUAAAGUCCUAGGAAGUACGUACCCUUGGAUUGCCAGGAAAGUGCUGACUGACAGCUCUCCACAACUCCAGGCCUCUUUGCAAGCUCUUCUCUAUAAGGAUGGCAUAUUCAGAAUUGACCGGUUAGAGUCUUUGCUGAAUGAGUCCCUUCGUGCCAAAACAGAGCGGAUCACAGUCCAAAAUCAACUAGAAGACUCUCGAAUGACUAUCAAGCAAGUACUUUCCUUCACACUGACAGAGAAGGGUACAUUUGUAAGAGAGAUCCUUCUUGAAGAACUUGCAAAGGGUCUGGAUGCUCUUGGUUUAUCAACAUUUUCAUCGUCAAUAACAGAGGAAGAUAAAAUGAACUUAAGAAACAUGGAACGCAUUGUGCUUCUAUUAUCAGGUCUCAGAGAGAAUGGAACCUCUGGCAAAGGUCUUGAAGAGGAGGUAUAUCCAAAUGAAAGACAGAGACUGCCUUUAUUAUUUCUACGUCAAACAGGAUCAAUGCAGGAAAUACUGCCUCUUCUUUCUUCCAUUAUCCCGGAGCUUCCAUCAGAAAUACAACAGAAGUUACUUCUUCUGCCGGCCGACCUGGGUGGGAAGUUAAUUUCCCGAGCAGCUGCAAGGACAAUCCGAAGGUUUUUUCUUAUAGGACCCUAAACUGUUAAAGGGGGGAGAAGCGGACUCAUCAUCAGCUUUCUGCUGCUGUUUUUAUUUAAUUUUUGGUGAAGAUUAUUAUUAUUAUAACACAAUGGGUAUUUUUACCAGUUUUACUACUGUCUUACAGGUUCAGUCUCUCAACUACUCUCUGUGUGUGUAAUUGUGUUCAUAUUUUUAUUCAAUAAUGGUCAAAUUUAGUAAGUUGUAUU